AUGAGUUUACAGACAGCACCAUACGAUGAUUCUAUGCGCAUUGGUUCUGGAUUUAACUCAUAUACCCAACAGCUAUGCAUAGAUAAUGCGGUCGUUAACGACGACAAAGGCUUAGCAACCGAGAAAGACUUGAAGCCCAAGCUGCCUGAGACGAACGGCGAUGGCGUCAGCCAGCAGGUCACGUUCACAUCAAAAUUUGUUGAGAAUUCCAGUGAUAUCACAGAAGCUAUGAACGUUAGCGGUCACUUGGAGAUCAAGUGGAAUGGAGUGGGAGUCAGUGGCAGCGGCUCGUAUAUCGACUCUUCCAAGGUCAAAGACAGCGACAUCAGCUACUUUGUUCAGGUUAAAGUGAUCAACCAACAACUCAUUGCGGAAGACCUCACCAGAUUCAAUGCGAUCGCCAAUGUCUCCCCAACUGAUCGAAGUCGGUUCACCGAAAUCUAUGGGGACAGCUUUGUCUCCGGAUUCUUGGAGGGGGGAGAGUUCAAUGCUUUGUUGUCAGUCAAAGUGGCUGAUAAAAGCAAAGUGAAAGAGAUAAAAGGCGCUCUGAGUUUGAGUCUCGAGAAAGGGGGAUUUGGUAUCUCGGGUUCAGCCGAAGGAGAAUAUGAUACCGAAGAAAUCUUGAAAAAUUCGGAGACAUCCAUCACCGUUUCAUGGGCAGGUGGUAGUGGUCAUCACAAUGGGACGCCCGAAAAUAAAGGAUGGACUAUCGAGAGCAUGGCGAAAGCUGCAUUUUCAUUUGCGGACCGAGUCCGGGCUUGUCCACAACGAACUCAGGCCAUCCUUACCAAGUAUUCUGCUCUGCGAUCCUACCAACUUCAAACUAACAAGGGAUCUCCAUUGGACUAUGAGAAUGCCGGCGUCUACACAAACGCCUUGUUGGAAUUUUACAUGGAGUACAAAUCAAUUGCGAAGGACAUCCAGAAAAUGACUCAAGAGGUUUCAGACGGGGUGAGCAAUUUGGUAGAGUUACCUGCUGGUCAGGCAGCCGCAGAAGCAAUCAAACAACUAAAAAUUGACUACGCGGCCAUCAUAAAUGCAGGGAAAUCAGAACAGGCAUACACGCCGAACCUCUUUAGCCUGGAGACAGCCCGCCUUCACUGUCGACUUCAAAUGGUUCGCAUCGUCAAAGAGGUGGAUGCAGUUGCGGAAGAUCCAGAGGUUGCUGUGGAUCCUCAUCGCGUCGGACAGUUCCUCAAUCCCAUGAUCUUCCGACAGCUCCUACCGGGCAUAGAGCCCCGUCCAUCAGAACAAGAACUGAAGGACAUGCAACGGCAAAUCACCGAGCUCGAGUGCCAGCUUGACACAGAAGUCAAGAACGGUUCGACGACAAUGGAAACAGUGGCCAAUUUGCAAAAGCAGCUCGAAGGGCUUAAGACAAAUUCUGGAACAUCAGAGCAACUGAAAGAAGUGGAACGGCAAAUCACCGAGCUCCAGUGCCAGCUUGACACAGAAGUCAAAAACGGUUCGACAACAAUGGAGAGAGUGGCUGGUUUACAAAAGAAAUCCGAAGAACUUGGGGAUAAGCUUGACUCUCAUGGAAAUUUACCGUGGAAUCUGUUCCGUAUGAUGAUUGGUGACAAGUUCUUGGUUCGAAACCCAACUAAAGGCUUUGAUCUGUGA